AUGACACCAUCAGACGCAAGAGUGAACUCGACCGGCAUAAAAGAAACUAAGGAAGAAGUGGGUCGCAACGCUGGUCAUUCGAGCGGCACCACUUCGCACAAGAACCAGUACGAAAAAAUAAAGUUGUCUGAAUGCAGCCGAGUCAGAUCCGGGUCAAAUUCUGAUUCGUCGAAUUUUGAAGAAUUGCCAGAGGCGCCAGCUGACGGAGGAAGCAGCAAGAAGUUGUCAGACAUUCGUUCGCAGAACGUUUCUUCGAGGAGAGAGGAGUUGCUGCUUCAACUGAAGGUGAUCGAAGACGCGAUCGCAAAGCGGCGUUCAAGAAUGCCUGAUUCGAGCUCGAAAAUGGGGCGCAGUACCUUUCGUAAAACAUAUGUUUUGGAAAAGUCGUCCCGCCGUCAAACGAAGCCAAAAGCCGUCGUUUCGAACGUGCGACGUUGUCACAAGAUCAAACGGCUGUCGCUUCAAUAUGCGCAGAUGCUACCUCUGCACGAGUUAUGGCAGGGGUACAUGGGGGCACUCCGGCGAGCACCGAAGUCGUGUUACCUGAAGGCCGAUUAUCACGGAUGUUUAAUGCGAGUAUCACACGCUCGGAACGCGACGCAAAUUGGAAUAAGCGGUAUGGUCAUCAUGGAAACACGCCUUACGUUUAUGAUCUUGACAAAGAAGAAUCGAGUGGUGACCAUUCCGAAGGCAGGAAGCGUUUUUCAGUUCUUGUUCGAUGACAAACUUUUCACCGUGAUCGGCGAUAACUUCUUUGGAACCGCUGCUGGGCGAGUUCAGAGAAAGUUCAAAAGCCGAUCGAUCUGCCCCGUGUUUCUCGACGAAUUAGGAAUUUGUAAAUUAAAUUAA